AUGGCACCUACCAACCUCAGGGCGUUGUACGCCCUCCUUGUGUCGCUAUCGCUACUAUCUGUACUCUGUGCCGCAGGCCCAGUGGAAGACCUACUCGCAAAAUGCCGCCCCAUCAUGGAUGCGCAUGUCGCAAAGUCGCAAACAUGCACAAAAGAUAAAGUCCAAAUACGACGAGAAUGGGGCGACCUCCCCGUCUCUAACAGACACGCCUACAUCAACGCCGUAAAAUGUCUAAUUAAUCGCCCAUCUAAACUCCGAGACUGUCCCGGCUGCCGGAAUCGCUACGACGACUUCGUAGCCAUGCACAUGAAAAGAACGGGCGACAUCCAUUUCACAGGAAGCUUUCUGUCUGCUCACAGACUUUAUACCACGGCAUUCGAGCACGCGUUGCAGACCGAGUGCGGAUACAAUGGUACACAGCCGUACUGGAACUGGGGCCGAUUCGCAGAUAACAUAGACGCAAAUCCACUGUUCGAUGGGAGUAAUAGUAGCAUCAGUGGCCAGGGCCAACACCAAGAACAUCCGUCUAAUCGCUGGAGGCCGGCGGGCAAGGGAGGCGGGUGUAUCGCUAGUGGGCCGUUUGUAGGAUUGCAGGUUAACCUGGGACCCAUAGACCUUGCGGAUGGCGCGGAUAAAAUACCCAAGAACUCUCGUCGAGACGGCCUGGGAUAUAACCCUCGCUGCGUCAAGCGCGACCUGACCAGCUACCUGACCACUCGGUUUACCCAUCCCCAACAAAUCGCCGAUUUCAUUACGAAGCACAAGGAUAUCAAAUCGUUUCAAGACGACUUCCAGGCUUUCAAUGGUAUGCACUCGGUAGGGCAUCUGACGAUUUCAGGGGAUCCGGGCAGUGAUAUGUAUGUCUCUCCUGGAGAUUUACCUUUUUGGUUUCACCAUGCCAUGGUUGACCUCGUUUGGGCCCUUUGGCAGUGUCAGGACUUUGAACACAGACAGCAGGUUAUGGCGGGUCCUGCACACAGGGACGGUCCUGGACCUCAACAGACUCUGAAUGAUACGAUUGAUUUCGAUGUGGUUAACAUAGGAAGGCCUUAUAAGCUCAAGGAGCUGAUGAGCACAGUCGAUGGGCCAUUUUGCUAUCUGUAUGAAUGA